CGUUGCUUCUCCUCCGCAAUCUCUUCCGCAACCCUUGGCCAAUUUCGGCCGAGGGGUUCAUCAACAUUUUCAAUGGACUGUUUGGAUCAAUUCGAAAACCUCGAUUGGUUGCGUGAGAUUGAGAUUGAAAUUGGUGAUGACGGCGGACUCCAAAAAUGCAUUGAACCGGUUAACGAAGAAAUUCCACAUCCUCUGCCAUCAGUUGAUAACAAUGAAGAGGAAACGGUUCAUGCUAAUUUGGGUAGCCAGGGUUUGGUCGCCUCCGGCCCAUUUGAUUGCAGUGGGUGCACUCUGUUGAGAGAAGUGGUUCAUACCAAUGGAUUGGAGACUGCAAGGCUUGUGAUUCAUGGAGGGCUCGGUGUGUUUUAUCAUGCAAUGCUUGAGUAUACUGUUGAUGGGUUGCCACGGACCUCUGAACCCUCUUUUAUGGAUUUCAGCGCUCUAACCUAUGAACAGGUAAAGCAGCUCUUGAUUGACUAUGGCCUGUUACGUGCGAGCAACGGAUACAUAAUUACGCAGGACUCGGUCUCCAGCUUCUACGAUGCCCUUUGUGUAAGAGUAAACUUUGAUGUUCCAAGCACCAGCAACAAUGAAUACUUUGAUGUUCCAAGCACAAACAACAACGAAACACAGUUGCCUGGACAAGGGUUACCUCAAUCUAGUACAGUGGUACCUUCUAACGAACUGAUUAGAACCGAGAAUACUGGAAUCUCUGCACAGAGGGAGACGACAGAAAAUCUUUAUGUAAGCAGCAAUGUAUUACCAUUGCCUCCACAAGGGCUAUAUCAAUCUAGCCCUAUAGUAGCUUCUAACGAUCCAAUCAGAACCGAGAAGACUGGAAUCGCUGCACAGAGGGAGAGAACAGCAAAUCUUCACAUAAGGGACUUUGUCGAUUAUUUUCACCUUCGCAUAGUAGAUGCUGCUAAGGAGUUUGGAAUUUGUCCCACAGCCCUCAAGAAGAUCUGCCGUAAAUAUGGGAUGGAGCGUUGGCCUUAUCGAAAGGUUAAGAGCAUCGACAACCAAAUUAAAAAGCUGCAAAAUGAUUUAUUAGCUCAGGGUGGACAAGAAGCAAAUAGCACUCAAAUGGAGAUCGAGAGGCUUAGAGCUCAAAGGGUGAGAGCGUGUGGCGGCCUUCGAUCUUCAAGAUUAUAAACAGUGGAGAUUGAGAAGCUCAUAUUAACAAACCAUGUAUUGUGAAGCAUGUGAAAUAUACAUAUUCCAUUCAAAAAUGUAUUCACGUAUUUUGGCAUCUUGUAUAUGAUUUUGUGAUGUCUGCAGCAUGUACAGUGUAGAUAAUUAAGAUACCAGUGAAAAUA